AUGGCGCGGGAGGGCUCCGGGAGGGCGGGGUACUCGGGCCGGGCGGGGGCCCGGGGCGGGGGGCGGUGGCGGCGGCCCCCGACCUGGGAGGUCUCGGACUCGGACGGCGAGGGCCCCGCCGGCGCGGAGGCCGGCGCGACGGCCCGCGGGCCGGUGGAGGAAGGCAGGGCGGCGGCGGAGGAGCGCAGGGCGGCGGCCGAGGCGCUGCGGCCCGAGCAGGCCCUGCGGCGCGUGGCGGUGCGGGUGGACGCAGCCCUUCUGGAAGAUGCUGGUGCCGACAUCCUGCUGGAGGCCCUGCGCGCCCUGGGCUGUGAGUACCACGUCGAACCCCAGCGGCCGGCCCGGAGCCUCAGGUGGACCAGAGCGAAGCCGGACCCUUGUCCCCGCACUGUGCCUUCGGAGGUGUGGGCUGCAGAUGAACAGGACCUCCUUCUGCUCCUGGAGCCCGAGGAGUUUCUACAGGGCAUCCAACAGCUGACCCAGACUCGUGGCCCAUCUUGCUCCGUGCCCUGGAUCUGUCCUGAGAGCUCCACCAGCCCCCACCUGGCUGUCAUCGGGCUGGAUGCCUACCUGUGGUCUCACCAGCCCAGCAGCCAGGAGAUGCGACGGCCAGAGAGUCCAGCGGUGGACCAUGCCACAGUGGCACUCAGCUGGCCCAAGGUGGAGGAGGCCCUGGUACUCCUGCAGCUCUGGGCACAUCUGGAUGUACUGCUGGUGGCCUCCUGGCAGGAGCUGAGUCAGCAUGUGUGCGCCUUCACCAAAGCCCUCGCUCAACGCCCCUUCAGGCGGUACCAGGAGUCCCGUGCCUUUUCCUUCUGUGUGGCUGGGCGCUGGGCAGCCAGCGAGCGCAUGGCGAGCGGUGGCAGAGGGCUGCAGGGCAUCUGGUGGCGGCAGAUCAGACAGUUCCACCGGGUCAGUCCGGCCGUGGCCGAUGCCAUUGUCACCGCCUUCCCCUCCCCCCGCCUUCUGCAGCAGGCAUACACGAGCUGCAGCACGGAGCAGGAGCGCCUGGCCCUCCUGGCGGACCUCCCCGUGAAGAUGGGCGAGGGCGUGCGGCCCCGCAGGGUGGGGCCUGACCUUUCCCGCCGCAUCUGCCUCUUCCUGACCACCACCAACCCUGAGCUCCUGCUGGACCUGGGCUCCUGA